AUGGAUUCAAACUCUGUUAUUCUAUCAUCAACCAAUGGCGAUGAGGAGGAAGAGGAAGAAUGGAUUAUUUCAAAAUCUUGUAAAAAUAUACAUAAACAAAUUGGCACAAAAUUGGAUGAAGAAGAAUUGUUGGAUUUGAUUGAUACGGGCAGUUAUAUACAUUUAUCUUCUUCAUCAUCUUCAUAUACCACCACUGCUACAAACUCUACCAGCUCUCCAUCCUCGUCUUUUUCUUCUAAUUCCAGAAAAAGAUCAUUGUCAAUGAUUUCUGAUGAAGAAGUAGGUGAAUUAAGAGCAGUUGAUGAUGAUUAUGGUAAUGUUAGUAGCAGUAGUGAUGGGCAUUUUCAUUUUAACAAGAAAUCAUGUAAGGUGAAAAAAAUUGAUAAGAGUUUUACUUCAAUGAAAUGCAGAAAGCCAAAUAAAAAUAAAAAUAUUAUAAGAUGGACAAGUGGUAAUCAAGAAAUUGAUCUUCUAUUGCGAGAAAUUAAAAGUAUUAAAGGACAAAAUGAAAAUACCUUUUUAUGGAUUGAUUUUGAAAAAUUUAAAGAUAUAUGUGAAAUUGGUAAAGGUGGUGAUAAUUUGAUGGUUGCUUUAAAAAGGUUUCAUAAUUCAGAAAAUAUUUCUUCAAAGUUUUCGAAUAAGCUCAAGAUAUAUAUUAAGGCAUCAAUUCAGAUAUCAAGUUUAUUACCAAUAUAUGGAAUAACGCAAGAUUCAAUCACUAAAGAUUACAUGAUUGUGAUGAAGUAUAUGCCUCACGGUAAUCUCUAUCGAUUUAUGAAAACAAGACCAAAAAUAAUGACAUUAAAGGAAAAACAACAACUGAUUCAUGAAAUUAUUAGGUCUCUUCACAAACUGCAUUUUGCUAAUUUGAUUCAACAAAAUUUACAUGGUGGGAAUAUUUUGAUAAAUUAUCAUGAACAAGACACACUUAUAGAUGAUGGUUGUAAUAAAGAUAAAGAUAUGGAGAAAGUUUUAGUAAUGUUGGAUAGAUGGCAUUUAUUGCCUGAUGAUUCAGACGAUUCUUCUCCCGGUGAAG